CGGGAUGGAGAGACACAGAGAAGAAGAAGAAGAAGAAGAAGAAGAGGAGUGCGAACAUCAGGAGGAGACUUCAGUGAAACUCUUCUGCAGGAUGAGAGAAAUGUUCCUGAAGCUGAAGUGGUGGAUUUUCAUCGCUUGUGUUUCAGGUGUCCUCCCUCCCUGUUGCUCGGGGGUCAAUGUGUUUGUGAGGGAUGAGAAGAGGUAUGCUGUGCUGUUCCAGUCCGUGGUUCUGCCGUGUCAGUACACCAGUGUGUCCACGCAGACCCCCGUGGUUCAGUGGGUCUACAAGUCAUACUGCCGCGACCGCACUCGGGAUUCCUUCAACUUCCCCGACAGCCUGGGUGGAGGCGGGCUGACGGGUGGGACCGGAGGAGCCGGAGGAGGGUACGAGACGGGGAUGACGGCGAGCUACCUCGACUGCUCUGACAGUAGCCGGACAGUCCGAAUGGUGGCCUCCAUCUCUGGUUCCUCGAUCACACUGUCAGAGUACUACAAGAACAGAGACAUCUCCAUCAUCAACAAAGCAGAUCUGCGGAUUGGAGAGGUCCAGUGGGGAGAUAGUGGAGUUUACAUCUGCAAAGUGGUUAUAUCUGACGACCUCGAGGGUCAGAACGAAGCCCCUGUGGAGCUGCUGGUUCUGGGUUUCUCAGGUGUGCCUGAAGAUCUGCUGCCAGAAUUUGAUUUGAAGAUUAUGCCAGAGUGGGUGUUUGUGGCGUCGGUAGCGCUGGGCAGUGUGUUAUUCCUGCUGUUGGUUGGCGUUUGUUGGUGUCAGUGUUGUCCUCACUCCUGCUGCUGUUACGUCAGCUGCUGGUGCUGCCCUGACACGUGCUGCUGCCCCAGACACCUGUAUGAGGCAGGUAAGGGUAUAAAGACGGGAACCUCCACCCCUCAGACACCUGCCUACCCUCCAUACUUCGUCUCUGGUGUCCCGACCAUGGUACCUAUCGCUCCUCCCUCCCUAGUGGACAAGAUGUCUUCCGUCCCCCCUUCAGACGGCAGCCUACUCACAGCAGUGCCGAUGCAUGCUGUAGGGCUUCCCUACCGUGUGCCUUCACCUCAGGAUCAGGACUCUCUCAGGGUGCUACAGUAUGUAGAGAAACAGCUGGCUCACUUCAACCCCUCCAGAUCCAUCAGCCACCAGUCCUGCAGUUUGUCCGAGCUGAGCUCUCUCCACGAGGGAGAAACAGGCUUCCGCCAAACAUACAGAAACAUCCAGAAGAAAGCUCUGCCUGCCAUCCCUGACCACGACCCCCAGCUUGAACCCCAACGCUACCGUGACAACCGCAGCCCAGAGCCACAGCGUUACCGUGACAACCUCACUUCACCCAAGCGGCACCGGGAUAACCCCGAUCCAGAGCCUCGGCGAUGCCAGGAAGAGCCUGUUCCUCCGCGACGCUACAGCGAUGAUCCUCCAUCCUCCUCACCAUCGCGCAGGCUUGUACGUAAUCUACAUCAGCAGAACCAUAGCGAGGAGGAGAACCGCAACAGGUGGAACCCUCGUUCAGAGCAUCUGCACAGAAAAACGUACCGCUCUGCAGGACGCACCGGCUCACUGGACGAGCUGGAGGAGUUUGCUUCCUGUUACAAGCAGAAAGGAGGCAGAGGAGCAGAGAAGUCGGAAGAAGACAGAGGACACUAUGAGAUGGAGUUUCUGGAGUCUGGUCGAUAUCCUUCCUACCGUGAUGGUCCAGCUCAACAUUAUUACAAUGAUGAAAAUGAGCUGGGAGACAACAGGGAUCAUGAAGAUCAUCCCAGAUGGAGCAGGAAAAAUGGACACAACAUAAGUCCACUUCCUUCACCCAAAAAGAGGAGGGGCACAUGGGAUAAUGAUCGUCCUGCUCCUCCUCCUCCCAGAGUCAGUCCGCCAUCAACUUCCUCUCAAGAGAAGGACUAUGAUGGCACAUUCCUGAACAGCCUGCUUGAGCGCAAGGCUAAAUUACGUGGGGUCAGCCAGGGGAAGAGUGGGGCCCGAGGUGAGGAAGAUUCAGACACACCCUCAAAGGGCAGCUCGAAAAAGAGCAGCGGAGAAUCCAAUUGGCACUGCAGCCGCUCGCCCAGUAACAGGCCUGAGGUAGAUUCACUGCCUCCUUACUCAGACACAGAGCGGAGCAGGACUGACAGGCCAUCACCACGGCCGCUCCCCACAAACACUCGCUCCCCUCAACCUCCUACCCUCUCCCUGCACAGCCGCAGAGAGGAACCCAGAGACAAGUCCCGGAAAGUGAGCACCCUCCUCAGCCGAGACUCCCUCAUCGUCUGAUCGACUGACGGACACAGACACUGACGUCUGGGAGCAGAGGGAGCACGCGGCCAUGACACCGGAGGGGAGCAGCACGUCCGCUGAUCAGAGAUGAUGGAAUUGACUUUGAGUGUGGACGGCUGAAUCAGUGCUGCUGAUGAAGCAACGAACAGAUACACUUUUAUUAUCGAGAACUUUCCUCGUGUGACGUGUGUCGCGGAGUGAUGAGGUCAUCGCCGCUCAGCUUCUGUCACCAACUGCCUCUCAUAUAUCUCAGCUGGACUAACACUGAACUUGUGGGUGGGUCGACGACCUGGACAAUGAGCAGGACAAUGUCCGUCUUCCCUCAUCUCGCUACAAGACGCUCUGACUUUACUUUACGCUUCGAGCACAAUGAGUUUAUUCAUUUCAAUUUGAUGAGAUAUCUGCAUUUAAAAAGCUCAGUUGUAGCAUCAACACCGUUAUUGUAGAGUUGACUUCAGUUGUUUGACAACACGCAGUGCGUCCACACUCAUGUAUUCUGACACAGACACACCGGAUUCAGAGACUCUAAUGUCAACCAAAGCUGGAAGCAGCCGCCAACAUGAUCCUAUGUUAAUAUGAUGUGCAUCUACAGAGGGGGUGGACGUAAUAAUGUGAACAGCUCAUGGUCGCUGCAGUUCACCCUCAUCUCUAUGUUGACUUUCAGCAUCUUCUAACUAAUUGUUGUUUUUAUUAUGGUCCAAUACGUUUGUGUCUCUGCCCACAGUUUCCUUACCGGCUCUAAACCAAAGGGAAGACAACAGACACUGUUACAGUAGCUGAACCCAGAGGAGCAUUUACAAACAAAGUCUUAUAUCUGUUUCACUUUAAAGUUGUUUGGAGACUAAAGGAGAGUUAACAUGGAAAAUUUGGGACUAAACCCUAGAGCCCGGCCGAUAUGAGCCUUUUACCAGACAUGUCGUUUUGGCGAUAUGCGCUAAUUUGAAAUCUUUUAUUUUACAGAAUUAACGAUGCAGAAAUGAUGUGCACUUAUGUUUACAAAAUAAGAAAUAUUUUCUUAAUUCAAGUUUUAUAUAUUUGGUUGCAUUUUGUGUUUUCUUUUCAUAUAAAGUUAUUUAUAGUAUAGUGUUUAAACUAAAAUAUCAAGCCUUAAUGUUAGUUCCCGUAUUUGCUGCAGUGGUUUAAAGUAGAAGCAGUAGCAUUACCCUUUUCUCUGUAUGUCAAUAUUCUUUAUAUAGUAUUUAAACAUGUUAGAAUUUGCACAAAGUAACUUCGAGAGAUAACCUGAUUACUGAUUUUAUAUUUUCUUAUAAACAUUUAAGAUAUUGAACUUUAGCUUAACUGGAAAACAUGUUUGUAGUAAAGUCUGUUUGAGAACACUUCAUCUUUUUAUGUGUGAGGUGUGAUAUGAUUGUUGUAAUUUUUAAAUGAUCAUGUUUGUCUACGUCCUCCAGUGAGACUGUGUACAUAAGAUGAAGUGUUACUCAGCCUCUUCUUAUCACUGCUGAGUCAACAGCUUAACUAACACUUUACUGUGUUAUCAAACAUACACACACACACACACACACACACACAGUACAAUGACCCACUGAUUUCUGCACAUCUAUCAGUUGAAUUGCUUCUUCUGUUCACAAUAAUUUCAUUAUUCCUGCCUUCAUUUGAGGAAAGUCUAACGUCAACGUUUCUGCUGCUGUCUGGUACUGACAAGUGUGUGUGUGUGUGUGUGUGUGUGUGUGUGUGUGUGUGUGAGAGAGAGAGGAGUGAGAGGGAGAGAGAGAUAUGACUCUUCUGUAAAGGAGACAAUGUGUAAUGGAGUAUGACUCAUGGCUUUGUUCAUUGUUGUAACCAUAGUUUGUCUGUCCUCACUACACUCACACAUCAGCUCCGUCAGCUCAGCCACACAAAUCGUCUGUUUUGUCCUCCACAGUGACAGAGUCUGUGACAACGCUUGUGUCCGCUGAAGUGUUUUCUAAAGUGGCGAGAUGCACGGUGGCAAACGAAACAUUGAGACACAUACGCUGUUCAUCUUCGUAUCUUCUCAGCAAAUAAACUCAGCAGAAAU